UUCUUUGUUUUUUUUUCGCUCUUCAUCAGCAUUCUGGGCCAUCGUAUACCCGAUGUUGCCGUGCCCUUAUUCAGUGUUUAUCCCGCCACGAAACAUGCCAUUACGGGCCUGUGUCAGACGUUGCGUCAGGAAAUCCAUUUCCUUAAAUUAAAUAUCAAAUUAACGAGCAUAAAUCCUGGUAUGGUGGAUACCGAUUUUCUUAAUGUCUACUCCCACACUGUUGCUGACCUACCCAAACUGAAUGCUGGCGAUGUGGCCGAUGCAAUUAUGUAUGCACUUGAGACACCGCACCACGUACAGGUGGAGGAUAUAACAUUGCAGGCAAUGCGGCGUUAUGAUACAGUCGGAAAUCUCUGAGCAUGUGGUAGUAGU